GGCGGAGCCCGCGUGUCCCGAUCGCCGCUCCGGGCACCGGGGAGCGCGGGCCCGCCGGCCGCGGGCGGCACCAUGCUGCUGUUCGUGGAGGAAGGGGUCUGGAGGAGGGAAAAUUUCCCUUUCUGGUGAAAGGGGACUGGAGCAUUAUGACAGUCAAGUCUUUAAAAGCUUAUGAGUUCCCAGAGUCCUUGCCGAGUAGCCGCUGCCUCCGCUGAUGUUGUCGGAUGUCAAUAAAGAGAGGUUGAAGGCAACACUUCUAAUGGAGCAGGUAACAUCGAAAGGUGCUGGCUUGAACCCCAACGCAAAAGUGUGGCAAGAGGUGCCCCAGGGCAGUGGUGAGGCCCUGCCCCCCACCAAUGGCACAGAGCACACGUGGCAGGAGACAGCAGCAGCCCAGGGGACACCAGCUGAGGGUAACAUAGAGAUCUCAGAGGACAGCUGCAAGCAGUAUGAAGUGAUGUAUUCCCCAUCCUGUGAAGCCACAAGGAAUGGCACAGGAGUUGAGGCAGCAGCAAAUGGAAUUGUCCUGGCAACUGAAGAUCUGGGAUACCAAAUCUAUGAAGUGUCUGGUGAUGGCAGCUCCACUGUGUCCACAGAAGACAUUAGAGAAUGUUUGAGAAAACAGCUUGAGUUCUGCUUCUCACGAGAGAAUCUUUCAAAGGAUCUCUACCUGAUGUCUCAGAUGGACAGUGAUCAGUUUGUUCCAAUAUGGACAAUUGCCAACAUGGAAGGGAUUAAGAAGCUGACAACGGAUAUGGACCUUAUUCUUGAAGUUUUGAGAUCUUCUCCAAUGGUACAAGUGGAUGAAAGGGGGGAGAAAGUCAGACCAAACCACAAACGAUGUAUUAUCAUUCUCCGUGAGAUCCCUGAAACAACACCUAUCGAGGAGGUGAAGGCUCUGUUCAAGAAUGAGAACUGCCCCAAGGUGAUAAGCUGUGAGUUUGCUCACAACAACAACUGGUACGUUACAUUCCAGUCCGACACAGACGCGCAACAGGCAUUCAAAUACUUAAGGGAAGAAGUGAAAACCUUUCAGGGCAAGCCAGUAAUGGCCAGGAUAAAAGCCAUCAACACAUUUUUUGCUAAGAAUGGUUACCGGGUGGUGGAUUCCAGUGUGUAUCCCCAGCCUGUGCAGACCCAAGCCCAGUUUGCCUCCCCCCUGUUUAUGCAGCCUGUAUAUAGCCCUCAGCAGUACUCCAUUUACAGCAUCGUGCCUCAGACCUGGUCUCCAAAUCCUGCACCUUACUUUGAGACACCACUGGCCCCGUUUCCCAACGGUGGAUUUGUGAAUGGCUUUAAUACACCAGGAUCAUAUAAAACAAAUGCUGCUUCUCUGAGUAUAGGUCGCCCAUUCCACAGGAAUAGGGUGAAGCCUCAUUUCCGCUCCUCCAGCAGCUCAGAGCACCCUGAGGGGCCACCCGGUGCUGGUGCCCUGCCCAUGGGGGACCUGAGCAGAACCAGCUCCAGGAAUUUUGUCAUGGAGAGACACAACAACUCCUUGACUGGGCACCAAGAGCCAGGGUAUUCCCAGAAGGAUUCUCCCACGGCACAGCUGGAGCAGAACGGCGACUACGGCGUCGGCAGGGGCAGGAGGAACGUCUUCAGAGGUCGGAGGAGACGGGAGGACGACCGAGUUUCAAGACCUCAGCCUUCAGCAGAAACAAAGACUCAGACACCAAAGUUUGACUUGCUUGCAUCCAAUUUCCCACCUUUGCCUGGCAGCACAGCAAAAAUUCUGGGAGAGCCUGUGCUGGAGAGCAGGAUGUCCGACAUUGUUAAAGGAGUCUGCAAAGAGAAGGAGAGCAAAGAGUCCCCGUCCCCCUGCCCGGCUCCUGCUGCGGACGAACCAGCGCCCAGCGCUGCCCAAGCGCCCGCGCCCAGCAUCAGCUCCCCGAGCCAGCCUGAGCCUGUGCUGCUGAGCACGGUUCAGCCAGAGAGCAAACCAGAAGAAGUGUCAGCUCCGAAGGAUGUGGCCAGCCCAGCUUCUCCACCUGCAUCCAUCUGUCCUGUGAGUGCUGCAAAGGCACCCAGGACAAACAGCUCCUCACCUGCUGCUCCAGCAAGUGCAGCUCCUGCCCUGUCAGUGCAGGAGCCUCGCAAGCUCAGCUACGCCGAAGUUUGCCAGAAGCCCCCAAAGGAGCCACCCCCAGUCCCUGUCCAGCCUCUGAGGGAACAGCGCACCAACAUCGUUCCCCCUGCCAAAAACGAGGAGAAUGGCACAGGGGAGAAGGCUCAGGAGAAGGUUCCUCACGAGAGGCCUGAAGGAAGAAUGAAGGAUUUCUCCGGGUUCCGCGGCAGCGCAGCUCCCAGGGGAGCUGCUGGGAGAAUCAGGGAAAAUCAGAGGCGCCAGUUUGGACGCAGAUCUUCGCCUCAGGGAGCGCCACGCCGCGUGGGCAAGGAGCAGUUCGUGGGCAAGGAGCAGCAAUUCGUGGGCAAGGAGCAGCAGUUCAUGGGCAAGGAGCAGUACAAGGAGCAAUUCGUGGGCAAGGAGCAGCAGUUCAUGGGCAAGGAGCAGUACAAGGAGCAAUUCGUGGGCAAGGAGCAGCAGUCUGUGGGCAAGGAGCAGUACAAGGAGCAGUACAAGGAGCAGUUUGUGCCACCCCGGUCACCAAAGUAACGCUGGGCCAGCCAAUGAUUCUCUGUUCAACUUGAGCUGUGGACUAAAGAGCAGCAGAGAGACUUGAGGAGGGAAGGAUUCGGGAAGGGGAAUACUGAACUGGAGCGUGGCUUGUGUGGAGAAGUUGUGGAGGGUCCCAAAAUUCAUCUCUAAAAGUGAUUUCAUAAAUGCUGGAGGAUUCCAAUCACUAUAAAUAUAGAGAUUAUAAUUUUUGUAUUUUUGUUUUUAAUUUGCAGAGGGUUUCCUGCUUGAAAUCAGCUUUGGGAUUGUGAAAGUAGCGUUUUGACAAAGUGGAAGAAUAUGAGUUGACAAAUUAACCUGUCCCUCGGUGUAGGAGGAAGAGGAUAAGAGAAUAUUAUUUUUGGAAAAUGAGCAUUUCUGUAAAAUUAGAACUUUUUUUAACCUAUUUAACGUUUGGCUUGUGGGCUGGUGUGUCUGCCAUGGAUGGCCUGGCAUUGCAGAGGCCUCUGCAGCAGCACGAGCAGAGCGAGUGCAGCCAGAACUGUUGUCAUCACUUGGUCACUGAUGAUGAAAACUGAAUGUACUACUGUAGUAACCCAUGUGUUUCCAGCUUGAAGUAGAGUCUCUUGACCUUACUAAUAAUUCAUUCAGCAAGCUUUUUAAGGUAUAAGUUCUGCAGGAUCCUGGAUUGUAGCUGAGAGUGUGUGGACAGCAGAAAUUGUCUGGUAGACGCAGUGGAAGGAGGCAAAGGGAGCACGUGAGAAUCUUUAUUUUGCCCUUUUUCCUCGCCUCCUUUUGAGGGCAACUCCUUUGGUUUGGGGUUUUGUUUGUUUGCUUUUUCCCUCUCUUGUUACUUUCUCUAAUUUCUUUUAUUACAGACUUCAGUGCAUUUUUUUUUUUUCUUGGUGUGUUUUCCUGAGGCAGCCCCAGGGUAGGAUGGACAGGUGGCUGCACAGCACCUGGUGUUACCUGCACAGGUAAAGAGCCUGGAAUUCCAGCUGCAGAUGUGGAAUUCCAGCUGCAGAUGUGCAAUUCCAGCUGCAGAUGUGGAAUUCCAGCUGCAGAUGUGGCAUUCUGCUUUGCAGGUGGGAACUCUGGGCACUCCCUGUCAUCUCUGGAUGGCUGGGCAGCAAACCAGAGCUGUGGCUGGGUUUUCUCUGUGCUGACUCUGGAAUAGGCUGUUGGCUGCUGUAUUGCCAGAAAUCAGGGUUCAGACUCCUGGGAACUCGUUGUUUACAGCUGAUGUCAUAGCAACUGACUCCUUUUUAACUGUUUAAAGUGGAACUAAAGAUGCAGAGUUCAAGAAAUCCCCUCGUGUUCGGAGAAGCUGCUGGAGUGGUGGCUCCUUGCCAGCUGUGUGCUGACUGAAUUUGCAACACUAUUGUGCAGUAAGUGGUUAAGUUUCAGGGUGAUUAAUGACUGAAAUAGGAACAUUGAGCACAUUAAUCUGCCAAAAUCAGCAUACCAGGGUUCAAAGUUCUGUAUAAAGCGUUAGGGAAAAGUAGCUUCCAGCAGUAAGAAUCACACCUUUAUUUUUUCCUCCUUUUUUUUUUCCUCCUUUUUUUUAGUGAAUAGCAAGUGUACAAAUUUAAAGUUGUAAGUUGUGAACACUGGAAAACUCAAUUGUGAUAUAUUCCAUAACCAUCUUAGUAAUAUAUGCUCGUGUUGCCAUAGAAUGAAUGUAAGUGGCAGUUAAAAUUACUGUGAAAUUUUUCAUCUUCUGAUUCCUUAGCCAGAUAACCCUUGGCAACUUGGGCCUCAGUAGGAAUUCUCUAUCAACUGCUUGGAGAACACUCAUAUCUAUUUUUAUAAAUAUAUAUAUAAAGCCAGAGUUGUCAUUUCUCUAACUUAUUAUUCAGCUUGGCAAUUGCUUUGAGUUGAUUCAUAACACAAUAUAAUGUAUUUAUGCAGUUAACUGUUCAUUUCUAUGUAUGGUAUAAAAGAGAGAGUCAGAAAAUCAUAGAAUGGGCUGAGUUGGAAGGGACCCAUCAGGAUCAUGGAGCCCAACUCCUGCACAGACACCCCAAAAAUCCCACCCUGUGCCUGAGAGCAUUGUCUAAAUGCUCCUUGAAAUCAGCCAGGCUUGGAGCUCCUCCCUUCCCUGGGGAGCCUGGUCAGUGCCCACCCCCCUCUGGGGAAGGAUUUUCCUGAUUUCCUGAUUUUUUCCUGAUUUCCCACCUCAACCUCCCCCCAACUCAGCUUCCUGCCAUUUCCUCAGUUCCUGAAGUAUGUAUACAUAUAUAUUUAUAUAUAUAGAUAUAUAUAGAUAUAUAUAUAUAUAUAAACCCCAAAAUCACUAUUCACUUUGAAACUACUUGUACUGGGUUUGGGAGGUUUUUUUUUAAAUUUAGUAAAAAAAAAAAAAAUCGUUGAUCACAUCCACAGUUUAGGGAUUCUUACAGACCCUUCUCCGUUUGUUUUGAUAAUGCUACUCUUGGUGGAAUGAUAAGGAAAUUGAAAUAUUUAGUGUCAAAAGUCCUGAAAUGCAAUGAAUACAAAGAAAAGACUCUAAACAAUUCCUGCAGCCAAACUGGAACAAAACAAGCCUGUGGGAUGGUUCAUGGGUGUUUGGGGGAGGUGUGUUCUGGGAUGUGAGGAAGCUUUGGGGUGCUGCCAGCUGUUGGCUCUUUGGAGGAGGAAUUGAGAGGGAAGGUGGUGCAGAUGUUGCUCAGAAUUCCCUGAUCCAGUGUCAGUGACUUGCUCCUGCUGAGAGGACUGGAUGGUGAGGUGGAACUUUGAUCAGAUGUGGGAAAAGCCAGCCAGGUGUGGCUCCAUGCUGCCUGUGGGGCUGCCCUGGGCUCCCGGGGCUGUUCCAGUGCAGUGCACUCACUCAGGCUGGAACUGUUGGCUUUUCCAGCAUAACCAAACCUCUCUCAGCUUAGGGCACUUGCAAUGAUUUAUUUCACACCUGAGUGCAAGGAUUUCAUGUGAGCAUUUCCCUUCCACCAUUUCCAGCUGUGGUUUGGGAGGUGGUUUUUUUUGUUAUUUGUUUUAUUUUUUUCUUUCUAUUCUUUUCUGUGCAGGGGGGAAAUUCCCAGUUGGAUACAGAGGCUGUGAAACUCUAGUGGGGUGAGAGUUCUCCUCAGCACUGGGACCUGGCAGGGAUGGGCUUUGCCUUUCCUUUUCCUCCCUGUGCUGGGCUGUGUCUGUCCCCACCAGUUGGGCAGACUGGGGGAACUGGGACAGACUGGUUUGUGUCCAGACCCACUGCUGGGGCAGCUCCUGGUUUUUGGAGCUGGAUUUGUGUCCCUGCCACCACAGCUCCCCCUGCUCCCCUCUGGCUUUUCCCUCUGGGGAUCCACAUUCUCCUGCUCUGCUGAUGUGGGUGGGAUGCCAGGAGGUGCAAAUUCCCAGUUUUAGCAACUGUUAUUUGUUUUCCCAUUAGGGACAGAAAUGCCCUUCCCAGCUUGGUUCUUUUCCAAAUUGCUGUGUGUGGAAAAGACUGGGGCACUCUCUCGUGCUUCCGCUGGGAAGUGAAAAGAAGAAAUUCUUUGCAUGUGAUAGUAAAAUUAAAAGUGCAAAAAGUUUUUGUUUCUUUUGAUUUCUAACAUUAAGUUAGUUUUAUAGUAUCUUACAUUCCUGCUCUUGUUGUUUUGUUUGUUUUUUUUUUUUUAUUUUUAAUUAGCCUGGCACAGUAUGAUGGUGCAGUUUUAGCUGUAGGAAAAAAAAAAAGAAAUAAAGUAACCCACUAUUAACCAGAAGAGAAAGAUGAUACUGUGGCAGAUCAGUAGCAAAUAAGUGACUUAAUCAAUGCUUUACUGUAGUUAAAUAGCUAUGGCCUUACUACUUUGUCAAUAUCAGCUUAAUUGUCUUGAAACUGUCUGCGAUUUUUACUGUUCCCAGGUGAAUUGACCUGGGCUGAGAUAUCUGGUAUGUACAGAUGAUAUUUUAAAUUUGUAAAAUGCACCAUUGUAUUACAGACGAUGCAACAGAAAUGCACUUCGGGGGGAAAUGGCUUCUGAUGAGUUUUUUUGUAAAUCCUUGAUUACUACAGAUAUGCAAUAGAGUUUUUGUUUCUAAUUUUGAUAUUUCCUUCUGAAACGUUAAGAUUGUUGCCAUUAAUCUGAAUGAUUUAUCAUGCUCUUCUUUGCGUGUAUAUAUUCCAUAUAGUCUGAGCUUCCUUUAGGAUGGUACAUAAUUUUGGGUUGCUGUAGUAUUUUAGUUUGGCUCUUCUCUUCAGUGCCUUUAGCUCAGGCACUUCAAGAGGUUCAUUGAGUCUGUUUUUAAUGUACAGUUGGGAGGACUUGAAAUGGAGUUAAAGCAACUUAUUUCUGAAAAAAAAAAAUCCAUCUGCAAACUAACCUGUAACAACUUUAAAAUUUUAUAUUUAAGAACCAGAUGUUUAUUUUUAUGGAACUUCAGUUAUGGAUACAGUUUCCAAAAAAAAAAAAAAGCAACUUCAAAUGUAAACAGACUGUGCAUAAAUGGGUUUUGUUCUAAUUUUUAUAGAAUACAAAAUAUUCAGAUAAUAUAUUGAGCUCGAGUUACUACAGACAUCUUGUUCCUCCCGGAUGAAUCCAGCUUCCCCUUGGCAUUGAUGAUCUCUCUUCAAAGUGGUAGGAAAGGAGAAAAAAGCAACUUAUCUGGCUUUUAGACUGUCUGUUCUGGUUUAUUCCUGUUGUCAAAAUGUCCAAAACAAAAUUUGUGUAAAGUAGGUUCAUGCUUUAAGUGUUCAAAUGAUAAUACAUGUAUUUGUAUUUGUUUUUGACAUUGCCAAGGUGCUAUGGGAAAUUGAAAUAACAGUUAGAAAAAUAAAGCUGAUUUAAAAGAGAAAAAAAAAAACCCACAAAAAAAAAAAAAAAAAAAAAAAAAAAGAAAACAAA